UUUCUUCUUUUUUUAAAUUAUCAAAUGAUGCGUAGAGAAGUAAAAAUUCAUUAAUCUAAUGCCUUUAGCCAUUAAAUUUACAAUUUCUGAAAGAUGCCCCCAUACAAGAUAUGACUAUAAUAUUUAAGGUAGCCAUGGCAGCAAGCAGUGAACAUAUAUUACCUCCAGUUUUGUGAUCUUCUUCAAAGCACAUAUGCUAUAGCUAUAAACUUUAAUGGCCUUUAGACACUAUGCAGGGGAACCUUUUGUCAUGAGUACUCUUGUAUUAGUUCUCUUAUUGUCCCAUGCCCACAAAUCAUUUGCUGCAUCCGGUGGUUCAGCUGGAGGCUCUGCCGGUGGUGGUGGUUCUGGGGGUGGCUCUGCCAUUUCUGAUGGUGCAAGUAGUGAAAAUGAAACUGUUAUUAUCGUAGUAAUGGUUUUAGUGGGAUUAUUAUUCGGGGCCUCUAUGAUUGCUUGCAUUGGCAAAAGAACUAUUCUCAUACUCCAGGUUGGGUUGACAGGAGAGCCUCGUCCUUCACUGCAAAGACAAAUAAAUCUUACUGCCACAGCCACAGAUACAUCUUCAGUAGAGGGAUGGCACCACAUAUUGAUAGAAACCACCAAUGCAUUGCUCAGACAUUCACAACACUUUAUCUCUGCAUAUUCAUCUGUGGAGAAGAGGUGGAGCAAUCAAGACGUGAUAGAGAAAUUUAAACAAGUCUCAAAGGAAGAGCAUAAGAAAUUUGACAUAGAAUCACUUGUUAAUUUUAACAGUGUAAGAAGCCAUAGGCAUGUUGACCCUCAACCUCGGGAACCCGACAAAGAUUACAUAGUGGUUACAAUCUUGGUGGCUACUAAAUGUGGAUACAAUGCACCUCCUACCAUGAACACCAUUGAUGACAUAAAGGAAGCACUGAAAUUUUUUAUUGCAAUUGAUAUUAACCAAAUUCUGGCUGUAGAGGUGCUAUGGACUCCACAGCAUGAGAAUGAUACUUUGUCACAGCAAGAAUUGGAAGGAAAAUACCCACUCUUGAAGCCUAUAAAUGCAUCUUGAAAUCAUUUUUCUGCUCCAAAAUUUAUUACUCCUGUAAGAUUGGCCAUGUCAGCUUAAUGAGAAAGAAUGCUGAUUACUGUUCUUAAUUAAGAUAGAACUUUUUCUUCUGGUAAGAUGAUCAUAAAUUCGAAUCUUGUAUGCAUCAUGUAAUCUAG